GGAACAAAACUUCAAACGAAAAUAGAUCAAUAUUCUCAUUUCCAGAAGCAGAGUUUCUUCAUUCUGAUGACUACAAGAGGUUUAGAAUCGUAACCCAGUUGGACACCAUCUUCAACUCCUCAUGGUUACAAAUUUAUGGCACAGAUGAAUAGCUAAUACAAACACUCCCAAUUCCAAAGAAACUAUUACCAACACAAGCCAUCUAAGAAUGGACAAUCACUCCCAAUAUGCUAUGCAGCUAGUAAGCGCAUCAUUAGCGCCUAUGGUGCUUAAAGCAGCCAUAGAACUUGGUGUGCUCGACAUAAUACACAGAGCUGGCCCUGGAGUUCAGCUUUCAUCUUCUGAAAUAGCGUCACAGCUCCCCUCUCACAACAACCCGGGUGCUCCUGUAGUGCUUGAUCGUAUGCUUCGCCUUCUGUCUGCUCACUCCAUUCUCACUUGCUCAGUUUCCACUGAUGAAGCUGAUCAUGUGAAGGUUCUGAGGCUUUAUGGUUUGGCACCGGUUGCCAAGUACUUCAUUCUGGACCAGGAUGGAGGAUCAUUAGCAACUUUACUAAAUUUUUGCCAUGACAAGGUCAACACAGAUAGCUGGUACCAUUUGACAGAUGUAGUUUUGGAAGGAGGAGUUCCAUUUACCAAGGCCUAUGGCAUGAGUGUGGUGGAGUACAACACAAAAGAUGCAAGAUAUGGUGAAACAUUCAGGAACUCAAUGAAAGAGUUUAACCCUGUUUUUAUGAAGGAAAUCCUUGGGAGUUAUAAGGGUUUUGAAGGUCUAGGUACACUCGUAGAUGCGGGCGGUGGUGAUGGUACUAUCCUUAACAUGAUUGUCUCCAAGUACCCUACCAUCAAGGGUAUCAACUAUGAUUUGGCUGCUGUUAUAGAAAAAUCUCCCUCCUAUCCUGGUAUUGAGCAUAUUGCAGGGGAUAUCUUUGUAAACAUUCCGAAAGGAGAUGCCAUUUUCAUGAAGUGGAUACUACACCAUUACGAUGACAAAAGUUGCUCGACGAUACUAAAAAACUGCUAUGAGGCAUUGCCAGACCAUGGAAAAGUCAUAGUGGUUGAUAUGGUGAUACCGGAAGCCCCUGAAACUACUACUUCUGCAAAAAGCUUGUUUCAGUUUGAUAUGUUCAUGAUGAACAUGAACACCAAUGGAAAUGAGAGAACAGAGAAAGAACUUGGAAGUUUGGCAAAACAAGCCGGGUUUUACACCAUUCGAGUGGCAUGUUCUGCAUUUAACUUUUCGGUGGUGGAGAUGUUCAAGAACAUGUAAUAUCCUAUAUCUAGUUGGUUAUGUUCUGUUUUUGUAUGGUUCAGUCUUCUCUUAUUUUAGUUCUGUAUCUCUUUUCAUCAUGUGCUGUAGAAUAAUGACAUUGAAGAAUAAAGAAGGAUAGAGAGAUCUAUUGUAGCA